AUGUCGACAUCUACACCGACGCCCUUACACACUCUGGUCCGACGAGGAGCCGGAGCUGAUGACAAGUUUGCGGAGUACAAGUGGUUUACCAUUGGUACCGUUCUGGGCUUAUUCGCGCUCAGUUUCCUCGGGUUCGCCAUCACCGAGCUCUGGGGCGAGAGGAUUGAGAAAGAACUUGGCCAGCGAAAGCUCUUUAAGAGAAUGAAAGCUCAGGGAGAAGAGCACAAGAAGAAUAAGAAGAAAAAGGCAUACCUCGCUGACGAAUACGGUGUCGAAGAAGAAGAUGCUGAACUUGCUUUCAGUACCGACAAGAGAGCAUUCAAGAAAAUUGUCGAGGAUUCCCGUAGACCAAGGAGGUCUUAG